AUGACUACCUACUUCAAUUAUCCACCAAAGGAAAUUCAGGAGGAGCUGGCCAAGAUUGCCAAGCAGAUUGUUGCCCCCGGUAAGGGUAUUUUGGCCGCCGACGAGUCCACGGCGACCUGUGGCAAGCGUUUCGCUGAUAUCGGCGUUGAGAACAACGAAGACAACCGUCGCCAGUACCGCCAGCUGCUGUUCACCGCUGACGAGCGCCUGCAGGAACACAUCUCCGGUGUGAUCCUGUUCCACGAAACCCUCUACCAGAAGGGUGACAAUGGCACUCCGUUGGCGGCGCUGCUGAAAAGCAAGGGCAUCCUGGCCGGUAUCAAGGUCGACAAGGGUGUCGUCGAUCUGAUGGGCUCGGAAGGCGAAUGCACUACUCAGGGUCUGGACGAUCUCGCUGCUCGUUGCGCGCAGUACAAGAAGGAUGGUUGCGACUUCGCCAAGUGGCGCUGUGUGCUGAAGAUCGGCAAAAACAUCCCGAGCUACCAGGCCAUCUUGGAGAACGCCAACGUGCUGGCCCGCUAUGCUUCCAUCUGCCAGUCGCAGCGUAUCGUCCCAAUUGUUGAGCCAGAGAUCCUCCCCGACGGUGACCACGAUCUGGAGCGUUGCCAGAAGGUCACGGAGACGGUGUUGGCUGCAGUGUACAAGGCACUGAACGACCAUCACGUCUACCUGGAGGGUACGCUCCUGAAGCCGAACAUGGUUACCGCUGGCCAGAGCUGCGCGAAGAAGCCAUCGGCACAGGAAAUUGCCCUCGCCACCGUGACGGCUCUGCGCCGUACCGUGCCAGCUGCCGUGCCCGGAGUCACCUUCCUGUCCGGUGGUCAGUCCGAGGAGGAAGCUUCCGUAAACCUGAGCGCCAUCAACCAGGUGCCGCUACUGAGACCGUGGGCCCUGACCUUCUCGUACGGUCGUGCUCUGCAGGCCUCGGUGCUCCGUGCCUGGGGUGGCAAGAAGGAGAACCUCAAGGCCGCUCAGGAGGAGCUCAUCAAGCGUGCAAAGGCCAACAGCGAUGCCGCCCUCGGCAAGUACGGCGGUGGUGUCCAGGGUGCCGCCGGUGCUGGCAGCCUGUUCGUCGCCAACCACGCUUAUUAAGGCGUUUCGUUUGCAUCUACAUGAACUUGCAUCCUACUAGCGCACC